CAGCUUGAAGAGAAUCAUCAGAGGGAUUACAGGUGCACUCAAACAAGCUGCUGUGGCCGGAGGAAAAGCUUAGAGAGGGACUUGUGUGCUGCAGGAGGUUGUUAGGCUCUCCUGAAGAACAGAAGUACGUCUGGAGGCGGCUCACCACUGGUGCACGGACCGUGGAAGAUACGGGCGGAAGAUGGCUGACUUAGCCGGGCACCGCGAGCCCCCGGCGGCAUCAGCAGCGUCACUCGGGUCGCUGAAAAGCUGCAAGACAUCCGCCGUCUGGCGACUGUAAACAGCUGCCUCUCUCGCCCCCUCCUCUCCCCUCUCCUCACCGCAAAUAUUGACAGAAGUAUCACAGAGAAAAUAUGGCAGAGAUGGAAAAAGAGGGCAGACCUCCGGAAAAUAAAAGGAGCCGAAAACCAGCUCACCCGGUGAAGAGGGAAAUAAAUGAAGAGAUGAAGAGUUUUGCAGAAAACACCAUGAACGAGCUGCUGGGCUGGUACGGCUACGACAAGGUGGAGCUGAGAGAUUCUGACAACCUGGAGAUAGGAGAGACGCCACAGCACAUCUCUGUCCUCAAAGAAAACUUGUUGCCAAAAAUCCCAGCUUCAACAGAGAGCAGUGAAGGCUCUCCGGACCGAGCCAACAGCUCCCAGUCUCUGCCAGCCUCCAGGAACGGAGUCACAGAGCCCUCCACCACACCGUCCACCUCAAUGCCCGGCAACAAGGAACAUGGCAACCUGCCCAUCAUUGUCCCCAUGAUCCCUCCGCCUCUGAUCAAGCCUCCUGCAGCCUACUGGGAUGCCCUUACAAUAAACAAUUUUUGGGAAAUGAAGAACAAGAACCAAAAAACAAAGUAUGAAGAUGCAUCUAAUGUGCAGAUCAUGUGCGCCUGGUGCCAGAAGGUCGGCGUCAAACGCUACUCGCUGAGCAUGGGGAGUGAGCUGAAGAGCUUCUGCAGCGAGAAGUGCUUCGCUGCCUGCCGCAGGGCAUAUUUCAAGAGAAACAAGGCGAGAGACGACGAUGGCCUCGGUGGGAAAUUACCCCAGCACAGCUUUACUCAGGACACGCCCAGGCUUGUCUUCAAGACAAACAGCGAUGUGCUUGUGUGUGACUGGUGCAAACAUAUUCGCCACACUAAGGAGUACCUGGACUUUGGUGCUGGUGAGCGGAGGCUGCAGUUCUGCAGUGCCAAAUGCCUGAACCAAUAUAAGAUGGACAUUUUCUACAAGGAGACACAGGCUGCUUUACCUGGAGGCCUGUGUAACCCAGGACAUGGGCCGGUUGGGGAGGGUAAGCUAGAGUGCGGCGGAGGAGUACAGCUGCUCACUCCUGAAUCUUGGGGAUCGCCGUUGACGGACCUCCGGCGUAAAGCUCCCUCUCCAGGCGGCCCUUCAUCCAACUCUGCUUUGGCCCCUUCCACUUCCUCUGCGACCUCACCUUCAGACACAGGUGCUGUUUACUCCCCAUCCUCCUCUUCCUCAGCCAAGAUCCCUACGCCAAGACCCCACGAGAGCCCCACACUCCCCCCUCCUCCUGUUCCUACCAUGCACCCACCUGUCGGGGUUCCCCCUGGUAGCCCUCCCAUGGUGAUGACGCCCCGGGGGCCAAUGCCCCUGCCUCUGUUCAUGGAGCAUCAAAUGAUGCAGCAGAUCCGGCCACCGUUUCUUCGUCAUCCAGGAGGGCCCAACAGCCCCUUGUCAAACCCUAUGAUCCCUGGUAUUGGUCCGCCACCUCCACCAAGGACCAUUGGAUCAAGUCCCAUGCACAGGCCAAUGAUGUCCCCGCAUGUCCACCCCUCAUCCAAUCCAAAUCCUGGGAUGAUGCCUCCUCAUCCUGGUAUCCCCAUGCCAGGCCUGCCCCCUUUCCCCCCAGUCAACAUGAUGCCUAAUGGACGCAUUCCAAUGCCCCCUAUGAUGAACUUUGGUAUGCCAUCCUUGGCCCCACUGGUACCCCCACCAACCCUCUUAGUUCCUUACCCUGUCAUUGUACCCCUCCCAGUCCCAAUCCCUAUUCCCAUCCCAAUUCCCUUUAACUCUAAGAAUUCCAGGGACCAGCCAGAGAACAGUGGCCCCAUACGUGGUGCUCCAGAGUCCUCUGAAGCUACAGCUUCUGGGCAUAAAUCUACAAGUUCUUCUGGGGGAAACAGAGGGGAACAGAAAGUAGAUUCAGCCGGUGCAGAGUAUCUCGCUACUGUAUGCUCAGAAAGAAGCAGGACAGCGUUGGUGGACUUGACUGUGAAGGCAGAGGACAACUCAGGUAACCUCUGUCUAAACAGGGGCCCUGGAAUGAUGGACGGGGUGAUUGAUCUUACUGUAGGUCAGAGGCCAUGCCAUCCCCAGAUAAUUCAGAGGAUGCUAUCUGGGGUCCGGGUCAAAGUGGAAGCAGAGGCUGAAUCAAGAUCUCCACCAGCUGGGAGGGAAGAGAGAGCCACUCGCGGUGGGGAUGAAGGGGCUCUCUCCCAAAGCCUACUCACUGUUACAGAACUGGAAGGGGCCACACACCCAAACACACUGGACUCAUCAGGCCCACCAUCCAGCAACGGCAGCCCUUCUUGUAAUUCUGAUCCCAUGGUGAACCAGCUGAAUACCCAUACCUCCAGUUCUACUCCACCACCCUUUCUAAGCACAGCACGGACCCUGCCCCAACCCCUGCCCCAGCUCCAAACUAACCCUGCUGCCCCUUGUAAUGUCAUAGUCAAUGGUACUGGAUGGCAUUCUCUUCUUACUCCUGACUUUGAGUCAUGCCCUGACCGAAGAGUAGACAAGGUUGCAGAGGAAGGAGAGGCAGAGGAGCAGCCAGCGAAUGGUGAGUUGGAGCAUGAGGCACUGAAAGAGAACAAUUGCUCAGUUGGGGAUUGGGAGCCUGGGAAGCGGGGCCCUGUACAAGAUGAAAUGGCAAACACAGCGGAGGGAAAGCCAGACCCUGACUCCAACUUGGAGGAGGGUGAGCACGCCUACGCCCUGCCGCUGCUCUCCACUGGAGGCUGUGUGGUCAUCCAGCCUGUGCCAAAGCCCGGCGCUGACAAGACGGCCAUCCUGUCCUGCUCCAUCAGUGCCCCUCUAUCGUCAGCUGGGAGCCCCGAGCUGGAGCCCCCGCUGAAGAGGAGGUGUCUGCGAAUCCGCAAUCAAAAUAAAUGAGAUGGACGCUCCGAGGACCACAGUGCCAUCAACGACACUCACUUGUCCACCCCACACCUCCCAAUCCCAGCCUUCAAAACUUCUCUACCAUGCAUGUACACACACACACAAACACACACAAACACACACUCACACACAUUUUUCUGGUCCUCGCUCAUCGUCCAGUCUACCAGCACCACAAAUCGCCUUUUGACGACUGAUGAGAGUCCAAAAAAACAAGUUGUUGUGUAUUAUAUUAGAGUGGACGGGACUCAUUUUGACACUGAUGGACUGAACUUCUACAGACUUGAUGUCAUGGCCAGCAGGAUCACGUGACCUUUGAACUGUAUAUCCUUGCAACAGCAGGACUUUACCCCACUGCUUCACCCCUUAAUUAAGACUUACAGCCCACACUGGCUCUUAAACCUUACCCACCCUCCCCUAUCAAAGCGAGAGUAUUGUCUUUUAUUAUGGAAUGCACUAUAGGGUCCAGGAUUCAAAGAUGCUGCUGGGACAGGAGCCACAAAAAAGAGAUUUCCAUCCCUCAAAUGCUCCUGUCCUGUCCAACCUGAUGCCUCACCACAGAUUCAGAAUCUCUGCUCCAGUAUGUGUUAUUUUUUUUUAACAAGACCUGUCACUGAGGCACAGACAGGUGUCUCAAAGUGUAGAUUUUAGAGCCACUGAGAUGACAAAAAUAGCUGAAAUUCUUCUUCUUGGCCUUUGCUUGUCCACGACCAGCAAAAAAUGUUCUUGCCAACCUGACACAAAGUGUUCUCGGUGAUUCUGAUGCAGGGUUGCUCAAAAGAAGCACAUUGAGUAUGAAAGAUGUUCAUGCAAUGUGGCUGAAGGACGUUUUUAAAGAGGUUUUUCAAUCACAGGCAGGGAAACAGUCCUUGGAAAUCACCAAUUGUGUUGAGAAUUAUUCUCUCUGAUUCAGCAAACUGGAGGAUUAAAUAUUAACCUUCACCAGCAAGUAACAGUGUGGGUGGAUUCAUGCGAUCUCUGCUGUUUUUUUCCCUGUAGCAUUGAUUAUUUUGCUCUCAAACUUUACUGAUUUGAAUAUAUAUUGUAACACAAGAAGGAAACAGAGUUGUCAUGAGAAUCAUUCCUACUAUUGCUUCCUUCACGAUCUGUUUGUUUAAGCAGUCAGGUGUAAUAGCAUCAGUUAUAAGUCUCACUGCUGUUUCAGAGCAUUUCAAGGCCAACUGCUCCUCCAAAAGAAACCAGGAUGGCAUGGCAAUGUAGAAACUCUGCCAACCUGCAAAGGGUACUUGCUACCGCAGGCUAGUUCGUAAUCUUUUCUAUAAUACAUUACCAGUGAUGUUCCUGUAAUGGGUUAGUUUGAGACUGACUGCACUGAAUUUAGAGGGGGCAGAGGGAAGCCAGCGCUUUCAUAAAUAAUUCUUCUGGGACCUGGAGGGAAACUGCUGAAGUAACACUGCAGAAAUAUUUCUUCAAUAAACACACUGCAGACAAACUCGUUUGGAAACAAUUUGAGAAAUAUUUAAAACAUUGAUCCUUUUUUGUCCUUAAAUCCUGCCAAGCUGCUUGAUAUUUUUUUUGCCAAUUUUUAUUUAAUUCAAGCCAGAUUUAAAGCCACUGUUGUUCUUGAUCCAAUGUCAAUCUCUAUGUGCAGUUCAAGUAAAUGCACACAACUGCCCCCUACUCAGUUCGAUCUGAUCCAGUUACACACAGCUUAAGCCAGCAUGCCGGGACUGUCAGACAAAGCCAGAAGUUAGUUUACACUCCUAUGAAGGAGGUGCAUUGUACAAGUAAAAGACAAGGUAUUAUCAUAUGCCAAAGGCCUCUGGUGUGUUGAAACAAACAUGUCACCUAGUUUUCAGUGGAAAUGGGAUUUCAAACUGAAAAUGUGAGCAGAUAAUUUGUAGUUGCCAAAAUAACUAGCACUUAUUUUUUUUUAAAAGGAAGGAAGAUACAGGAAAACACAAGUGGAUGUCAGAAGCAGUAUUAAUAUAACCGUUGUUCCUCUUUAUGGUUUACUCUGUCCAUAAAGGCAAAUUAAGUGUCAAAUUGAUAUUAAGGUAAAUUCAGCUGUGGAUUAGAAAGAAAGUGCAGGACAAGAGUGAUUCUUCAUCUGAGUUAUAACCCCUCGUUCCAAAAUAGAUAGGACACUAUGUCAAAUGUUAAUAAAGACAGAUUUUGAUGGCUUGGAAAUCAUUUAAGCCCUACAUUAAAUCAAUACUAAUGCAAAGACAACAUAUCAAAUGUUGAAUCUUUUUAUUUUUAUGAAAAAUAUAUGCUUGUUCAACAAAAUUGCAAAGCAUUUUCAUCAUCUAAAGUUCAUAAUUCCAUUAAAAAAUUCAUGAAAUGUGGCAAAAUCUCUGCAUAUAGGGACUAGGCCGAUAACUGGUACUGGUUGGCCAUUCCUUCAGGCGACACAGCAUUAAAACCAGACAUGACUCUGUAGUGGAAAUCACUGCAUGGGCUUAGAAAUAACUUAAAACCAUUGUCUGUGAACAAAGUUUGUAGCUGCAUCCACAAAUGCAGAUUUGAACACUACCACACAAAGAGCCAUAAAUAAACAUGGUCCAGAAAUGCAGGCAACCUGAGCCCAUUUGAGAUGAACGGUGACAAAGAGGAAAAUUGUCCCAAAGUUCAAAAUUCAACAUACCUUUUGGAAUUUAUGGACACCAUGUCCUCCCUCUAAAGAGGAGAGGGACCACCAGGUUUGUCAUCAGCAUGCAGUUCAAACUGGUCUCACUGGUUCCUUAAGAUUUACAGAGUGUUGUUAGAAGAAGAGGGGAUGUAACACAAUGGUAAACAUGUCCCUGUCCCUACUGUUAUUAAUGUGUUGGUAUCAAAUUUAAAAUGAACACAUAUAUUUGUUAUAAAUGUUUUAGUUUCAAUAUUUUACAUGUCGUCUUUGCCCUAUUCUCAAUUUACACUAGAAUUGUAGACAGCAUCCAAACUAUUUUGGAACUGAGGUUGUACAUCAGAUGUGUAUAUUGCUUUGCUCUCCCAUUCUCUCGCUCACAAUUUAACCUGCAGCCUUUGUUUUAUUCCACUCUCCCAAGAGGAAGCGUUUUUGUUAUCAUUCAUCAUUCUGUGUCUGUUCAAACAAGACCCUAUCGUUUAUUCAUACAUACAUCUGCAUGUCAGAGCUAUACCCGCAGUACACUUCAACACAAUGCACAUUCAUUUCAGAUCUGUGUACUUGUGAGUGAGGCAAAGUCAAGCAGAGAGUCCAGUUGAGGUUACAAAGUGUUGACUCAGAGUAAGCAGUGUGCAACUCUAUCUGUUGCCUGUUAGUCAGGCAUUUAGGCUUAGCAUGCUGCUUGCCAAGGCCCAGCUUUGGUGUCACUUUAAACAUUUCCUUACCCCCCUCCUUCAUUUCUCUCCAAGCAAAGGCAGUGAAAAUGCUGUUUUCAAGGUGUCUAUUCUGGUCUUGUUUACCCUUUCUUCUGCCUUGCAUUUGUCCAUAAUUAAUCGUAUUACUUUCUGCAGUUGUUUCUGAUCUCAGUAACAGUUCAUAACCAAAGAAAAAAAACUGUAAGGUAUUGCUUUUGUAUUCCGCUCCGAAAUUUCCCAGUUGAGCAAUUAGUUGUCUAAUAGAGAAUCUUGUUUGUGGCGAAACAGAAACCAGAGGUGAUGCAACAAGAAGACUGUCGUAGUUUGUCUCAUUCAAAUUCAGGGCCAGGAAGCGCCGAAAACCACUCUGCAGAAACAUUGACAAGAGACUGAAAAUUAGGUCUAUUUGUGUUUUAAUUUUUGCUUAUGUAUUUUAUUAAUUAAGCAGACCAGACAGAUCAGUCUGUUCAUCACUGUGUUGUUUGAAACUACAUUUCCCAGAUCUUACCUGCCACAUGAAACGACUGGAAGUUCUACUUGGAAUUUAAAUUUCUGACAUUGAUGUAACUGUAGGUGGCGCUUGUAUGUUUGAAUGUCCCACCAUUGGGUCUGUUUCUGUUCAUGUAUACUUUCAUACAAUGUACUUAUCCUUAAGCUAGAAAAAGUCAACUGUGUGUACGUUUUCAGACAGUAAAGUUCCCUUAGAUUGGCCUCUGAGUCCUCAAUGGAAGCUACAAACCUCUAAGUAACUGAGCCUUUCAUACUCUUACCUUCGUCAGAGGAAGAUCAGGUUAUAGUUUCUUAUUUGUUAGUGUAUAGACCGGCACCGUUGAGUCAAAGAAAGGCAAAAGAGAGACUUCAGAAUGAUUCAAAUUCCAAGUUUCUACUACCAUACACUGCACCAAGCUAACAAGGCAGCCAGCAUGUUUUAAAACUGUCAGAGUGACCUUGCGAAAAAGGUGUGAGUGCUGUUAUCAUGUGACAUGUAGACUGAUAGAUGUUUGUUCUGCUAGCAGAGAGACGAGUGAUGGCUGUGCGGGCAGCUUGCCAUCUCAUGUACUGAACACAUUGUUGUCAACCAGAGGAUAAACCCUUACAGAGUCCGACUCUCUAUAAUCUUUUCUUUAGCGCCACUCUCAGGACAAAAUAUGACCUUUGUACAAAAUAUAUGAAAGCUGAGGCCAGGGGAUUCUAGUUUGGGGAAAAGUAAGAUUGCUAACAGUCACACGUCUGUCUGUUAAAUGUGAAGCUACAGAAACUACAAAACUAAAAAUGUGAAGAGGAUAGCCUGGCUCCAUCUAAAGAUAAAAUAAUCUGGGUACCACUACCCAUUGAGCUUAGUUAACCAGAGGACAGCUGUAGCUUUAUGUAUAGUGGUGCAAGAAAAAAAAUGCAAACUCUUUUGUUGACCUUUGCUUAACCUACCUUCACAAAGCUAAUUUAAAUCCUACUCCCGAUAAAUCUGACCGUACUUUCUCAUGAUAUCUGACUAGACAUUUGACACUGUUUUCAUAAGUUCACGGGAAAUGAUGUUUGUUGAAGCACAAACCAAACUCUUUGCUUUCUCUUUUGCUUGACACCCACAUUCAGACACACACACAUUCAUUUCCCUAACCUGCUCCAUGUUGUGUUAGUGUUGCACACAGUAUACUGUUCAUGUUUCAGACUGAUAUUGAACAUAUGGAGCGUAACUCUAAUGUUAAAAUCCUGGGCUGCUUAAUCAGUCAUGGUGAUGGCAAACAGACUUGCGACAAAUCUCCAGCAUUCCUUUUUUGAUGAUGGACUGCAGGCCUGGUCAACAGCCUGAAAUUAUGCAAUGACAACUAACUUCAAUCCUAAUGUAGACAAGUGGUCCACAGACAAAAUAAAACAUGACAUGAUUUCAUGUUACUUUUCAAAAACAACAGAGAAGUUGCCUUAACUCUUGCUUGUAUAAUCUCUACAGUUAAGACAAUGAUGCUCGCUUGUAAAGAAGACUCUCCCUUCUUUGUACAAAAUGAAAUAUACCAGAAACAACAACUUUGUUAUCUUGCUAGUGUCAAUGUAUAGAUGAUCAGCUUUUUUCUGUAACUUGUAUGGACCGUCACAUUUUUGCUAAGAAGAAACCCUCUUCCCAAUCUCCUUGUUCCUAAACAUCCAAUCUGUUCAACGUUUUAACUUGUGGUGGACUGUUGAUCUUUUGUGUACAUUUUAUAGCAUUAUUUAUUGUUGACAAGUUUUGCAUUUGCAAAUGAUAAAAAAAAUGAAGGUGGUUUGACCUGAGCAUCCGAUUCCAGUGUAAAUGCCCGGUGAACAAUGAGAGCUUUUUUAAUUAUUGAAAAUGGAAAAAACUGCGAUGAGAGGAGAUGAUCUUCUGUUUUUUUAUUAUGACGUUGUAACAUGUACAUAACAUGUGGCCAAAAUUGCUUUGGGAAAUAUUCAUUUUUUUGUGUUGUAACAGUAUUUGUUUUAUUCAGUGAAUUGCUCAUGAAGAUAAAUAAAUAAGAGGCACACACAA